AUGGGCGGCGGCGAGGGCAAGUCCAGGAAGCGCCGUUCUUCUCCCUCCUCAGGGGAGGAAGAGGGUAGGGAGCGGAGGAGGCGGGACAAGAAGGAGAGCAGGAGGAGCGGCCGAGACGACAGGGAGGAUGACGACGACAGGCACAAGAAGAGGAAGAAGGGGAAACACAGCGACAGGGACAAAGGCAAAGAGAGAGAUUCUAAGGAUAGGCAUUCUAAGGAGAAGGAGAAGGAGAAGGAGAAGAACAAGAGAAAAGACAAGGACGCUGCCUUCAAAGAAAUAUCCAAGGAUGACUAUUUUGCAAAGAACAAUGAGUUUGCUACCUGGUUAAAGGAAGAAAAAGGCAAAUAUUUCUCGGAUUUAUCUUCAGAGUCUGCUCGUGAUCUGUUCCUAAAGUUUGUGAAACAAUGGAACAAAGGAAAGCUGCCAUCACAAUACUAUGAGGGGAUUACGAGUGGUCCACGUUCAGCGCACAAUUGGAACAUCAAAGCAUGA